CGAGGAGGAGAAUAACAAAAGUAUUCACGGUACUUUAUCCUUUUGUGUCGUGAAAUUAUGGUAAUUGAUUUUCAGAUUUUGACUCAUGGAUUCUGAUCAUUCCAGAAAACCUUCCAAAAACUUCCUUCACUCUCGCUUUUUCCUUUCUGGCUUUUAUUGCUGGGAUUGGGAGUUUUUGACAGCUCUCCUCCUUUUCAGUUCUUCCUCCUAAAUAAGUUCCCUCUCACUCUAUUUUUUUUUCUGUCUCUCUCUAUACUUUUUUUUAUUUAGAAUAAUUGUAAUAAGAAGAGAUUUGUGAGGGUGAAAUCAUGUCGCAACGAUCUGUGCCGGCACCGUUUUUGACGAAGACGUAUGAGUUGGUGGAUGAUCCAGGGACGAACGAGGUGAUAUCGUGGAGUGACAGUGGGAACACAUUUGUUGUGUGGAAACAUGCGGAAUUUGCCAAGGAUUUGCUUCCUAAAUGUUUCAAGCACAAUAACUUCUCCAGUUUUGUUCGCCAGCUCAACACCUACGGAUUCCGAAAGAUUGUGCCAGAUAAAUGGGAAUUCGCAAACGAACAUUUCAAGCGAGGGCACAAGGAGCUUCUCUGCGACAUUAAACGCCGCAAGACCGUGCCGCAAUUGCAUGCGCUUCCACCGGAGGCCGGAAAAUCCAGCGGGGGUGGUAACUCUCCGUUAAACUCCGGCGGUGGAGAUGACGCUGGGUCCACCUCUACCUCGUCAUCCUCCUCCGGUUCGAAGAACACGGGGUUGGUGGAAACAAACACAACAGCUUCUCAUGAGUUAUCGAGCGAGAACCAGAAACUGAAGAAGGAUAACGAAACGCUGAGUUGCGAGCUGGCACGUGCGAGGAAGCAGUGCGAUGAGCUCGUUGCUUUUCUCAAGAACCGUCUGAUGGUGGGUCCUGAUCAGAUAGAUCGCAUCAUGCGGCAAGGAAGUUGCGGAUCUGAGAAGGCGGUAGGUGAAGAAGGUGGUGGGGAGUGUUUGAAACUGUUUGGUGUUUGGUUGAAAGAGGAUACACUAGCAGACAAAAGAAACAACAACCACAAGAGAGCGCGCGAAGACCAAAUGGGCUUCGGUGGGCCUCGCCUCAAGGAGUCCAAGCCCGUUGUUGACUUUGAACCUAUAAAUCUCAUCAUGACUAGCAAUAAGGUUUGCAACUGACCAAUCAACGAACAAAGAACAAUUUGAUUUUUUCCUUUUAGGUAAUUAAGGAAGGAAUAGGAUAAUGAAAAAGUAAAAGGCUGAGCGAUAAUUAUGUUUGGGUAAAAAGACCAAAUGCGACAGCCUCUGCUCUACUUCCUCCACGUGUCUAGGUUGUGUUAUUAUUUUAAUUUAAUUUUAAAUUUAAUGAUGUA